AUCACCACCUUUGACGAGUGGCUGCUCGGUGCGACUAGUAAGUUGGACAAGACAAAUUCUAAUUGGGUGUUGGUUCAUAUCAGUUUUAUAUGCUGGAGUAUAUGGAGAAGCAAAUGUGCUUUUGUUUUUGAAGGAAAAAAUGUUUGCCCAAAACAAACGAUUGAUUGGGGUAAACUUCUAGCUUUAGAGUUAAUGGAGGUUGCUGAUCUUAAUGGUCAUGGUGCGGAGGAGCCUACUUUGCAGGUGGUUGAUACAAUCCAGAGAUGGCUCCCUCCCCCCCAAGCUACUCUUAAGCUAAAUGUGGAUGCGACCUGGGACAAGAAGACUUUAAUUGCUGGUUUAAGGGCUGUCAUUCGUGAUGAGCAUGGUAAUUUCGUAAGGGGAGCUGGAAAGGUUAGACUGGCCACUUCUCCUAUUGAAGCUGAAGCCCAAGCAGCAUUAUAUGGUCUGGUGGUAGCCUCGGAUUUGGGUAAUGUUCAUCUAGAGUGUGAGUCUGAUUCAAGGGAGCUGAUUCUUAGCGUUAAAGGGAAUAUUCAGAAAGGUAGAUGGACAAUCUACCCAAUUCUUGCUGCUUUGAAGGAGAAGUGCAGAAUUUUUGGCUCUUGCUCCUGGAAGUGGAUCCCAAGGAAAGCAAACAAAGCAGCAGAUGCUGCAGCUAUUGAAGCGAAGAGGAAGAUGUGUGAUGAGGUCUGGAUCAGCCGACCCCCAUCCUCCCUGGUGUUCGUGCUCCAAAGCGAUGGCCUCCCACGUCCUCCACAGGUGUAAGGUUUUUGUCUAGUCAGGAUCUGACGCUCGCCUUCUGGAUGGCGUCCUAGUUGUUAUUGUCCUAGCUGGAGUUUUUGUUGUGUUUUCAUUGGGUUGGUCUAGUUUGGGUGGUUUCUCUUCGUACUGUGAAGAGUUGCUCGGGAGUUUGUAGUUUUUGCUCCUGAUGUGUUUUGGCAGUGUUGCUGUUUUUAGUUUGGGCUGUUUGAUUGGCUGUUUGUUGGGUUGGUUUGUCCCUUUUCCCUUUCAAUGAAAGUGUGAUUCGACCCAAAAAAAA